AGGCUGCUUCGGCCGCCGAGUUCCGCAGAAGGAGACGGCUGUGCCAGGACGAGCCUCCCUUGACUGCGGCCGGCGAGCCCGUUGGCACGCUCGAUUGCCUGUCACGGGAUUGCCUCUCCCGAAGGACAGGCUGGUGAAGACCACAGAGAUGCAGAGAUACAGACCACACCAGGUCUAA